UUGGUAAUAAAGUGUAAUGAACAUUAGUCAAGAUGUCUAUAUUUUUCGACUUUAAAGUAGGACCAAAUGGUAGAAGAUUCAGAAGAGCUGUAGAAGGUGAUAAGCAUGAUAUAGAGUUGAUAAUAAAUCUCAAACAUACUGAACGGCUCUUUGAUAAUGUUGAUAUCGGGAAAUUGAUAGAAUUAUCAACUUUGUCAAUAUGCAUGAUAAAUAAUAAAAAGGAAGUGAUAGGGUUCAUGGCGCUUUGUGACCAUCCAAACAUAAAUGGAGUCGAUCCUUCGGAUUGGGAAACAUGGAUACGGAAUCUAUUUCAAAAAUAUUAUUUAUCCAGAAAUACUUUGUUCGUUCAUUUCAUGUGUUGUAUUGAUGCCGUCAUGGAUAUUUUCAUCGAGGAAGCUUUUGUGUCGAUAUUCCGUAAUGACGUUUACCUUUUAAACAUCGUGUUGGUCGUGCCGCCUGGUUGCCCAGAAGGUUGGAUGUCCAGAUAUAAAACAUUUAAGAAGCGCAAUAUAUACAAAUUCAAGCCAAAAAUAAACAAUGGUACCGAAAAUCUUAUGUACCUUUACACUGCGAUACGUAAUGACUUUUGUCCUAAAUUAAAAAUACGUCGAGCGGUAGAAGAAGACAAUGAUGAUAUAGUAAAUAUUCUGGGAAAAAAUUGUCCCAAAUUACAAGAAAUGUAUGGCGAGUUUUAUAUAAGUGAAAUUAUCGGGCGCCAUCCAGAAAUGGAUAGAACAAUAAUUGUUGCUGAUUACCAAGACCAAGCAGUUGGAGUCAUGUGCCUGAACUCCAAGAUGAAUUAUGAUGUGCUGCAAAAUACUUAUGAACUUGGACCCCUUCAUGGUCUACGAAAACCGACAGCUUUAGAAAAAGAAAAAUAUAAGCGAUCGAAUACUUUACUAAAUACUUUUGGAGAGCCAAUUAUGCUUGGAAAAUGGAGUCCAUAUCACGAACUGCAGCCAGAUAUGGACGAAGUUAAUGUUGCGCCGUCAAUAAAGAAAGUACCUGGCAAAACUAAAACGCACAGUAAAGUUAAUUUUGACCGGAAAUCAGCUAUGCGGAAAAGUUUCGAUCAUUUUUAUUACAGGAAUCAAUAUUCCGAAGACAGCGAAAGGGAACUAAAUUCUCCAACACCAUCAACUGCAACCAAUCCAUCAUUUGUGAAUUACCUUCUAGAUGACGAUCCCUUUGAUUACGAAAUUGUUAAUAUCGAUAAUCGUCUUUUGACUGUACCGGAAGUACUGUCUUCAGAAUUCUUAUUGCCUAAUAAAGAUGAAGGACCUCGGCAUUCUCGUCCAAUGCAGAUUCAAGAUAGAGUGAAGCGAAGAACUUCUAUACUUAGAAAUAAAAGCAACCAAAAUAAUGAAUUGCAAACAUUCGCUGGUGAUCCGAAUGCUUUUAUGAUCGAAUUGUUGGCAUUUAGAGAAGAUGUGGAUGAGACACAAGCCUUCCAUUUGCUAGAAGCAGCAUUUGAAAUUAUGAAGGAAUACGAUUAUUGCGUUAUUCGGGUGCCGUGUAAAGAUAAGAGUUUCCAUUUACUUGAGCAUUUCUGUUUCGUUCCCAUUAAAGAAGAAACUUCAACAGACUACGCUCUUUAUGUUGCUCAUCGGAGUUCUGUGCUCAGCAAAUUAAGGGUUCGUAGGGCAGAGUUAAUCGACGUACCUCAAAUUGCUGAACUCUUGAGGAGUUUAGACGGAAAAGAGACAUUAUGGACUGUAGAAAAUACUAUUAUUCACAAAAGUGACCUACAGUGCUACGUGUUACUGAGUGGCGUCACACUUAUCGGUGUUGGUAUAUUAGAGUGAGUUUUCACACUAAAAGCUGUUUUAGUGUAUCCCGUAUUCGAACCUCAUUACAGGUUCUUCGCCAGAGAUAUGAUAAGGCUUUCUGGAUCGAACGCUAUGAUGUGGUUAACUGCAUAUAGAAAUAAAUGGGUAACACAUAAAGCGAAUUCAUUAGCUGCUUCUAUGAUUCCUCUUAUGCCAAGAAGUUCAAAAAUUGUUUAUAUAUCUACGCCAGAACUAAGACGGAUCCGCAAACUUUCCAAUACUGUAAUGGCAUUUAGUAGCUGGUUUAUAAGCAAGAAGUUAACAAGUGUUCCAAAAAUCAAUAUUAACGCUAGAAUUCUUAUCAUUGGAGCUUCGAGAACUGCUAUGGCAUUUCUUAAUACGCUGCUUUUCAGUGAUUCGUGUUCUUAUUUGUUUUUCACUAAUGUGACUCUAGUGUCGCCCAAUGGUUUACCAUACACGAGAAAAACAAAUCCACUCUCUGAAAUGAUGUUCCAAAAAUAUUACACAAAUUCCGAUAAAUACCUUAAAAGCGUUCCAUAUACGUAUUAUGUGCAUGUCAUUCAAGGGACAAUGGUCGAGAUUGAUAAACGUAAAAAACACAUAUAUCUAUCAAAUGGUCGCAAAUGUGACUAUGAUUUUCUAUUUUUACUAUUUGGAAAGCAAUAUCAACAUCCGGAUUACUUAAAGUCUAUAUUUAAAAGAAAAAAGGAUGUGAGGAGCGGAAAGCUACCUCAAUAUACUCGUCUUGAUAUACCACAGCCUAGAUUAGAACCAGGCGUUAUUAAUUAUACCCCGGCAAACGUUUUCAUAAUAAACACGAUAACAGAUGCUAACAAAGCACUCGACUUUGUCCGGAAAUUAAGUUGGCUGAAUGCGUAUAAAAUACUCGUAUACGGUGCUUCGAAACACGUUUACUGUUGUUUGGCAACUUUAAUUGAAAUGAAGAUACCAACUGAAAACAUAAUUUUUAUAGAACCUUUUCCAUCUUUACAUAUUAGAAAAAUGAGGGUGUCGUUAUUUUGUAAUUCUUAUGUAGAUAAAACCGUGUGCGAACUUCUAGAUAAUCUGAAAAUCAAAAUUUAUCGUUCUUAUUAUUUUCACGCUUGGCAUAUGGAUGUUGACAAUCUAGUUACUCAAGUUGAUUUCCUUUCUCAAUUUCAUCUGUUACAACUAAAAUGCUCUGCCCUAUUUUAUUAUGGCACCCGAGGUGUUAAUGAGCAAGCGUUUUUUGCUAUUAAUAAGAGCGGUAUGGCAUAUGAUGGCGGUAUUCUAAUAGAUCAUCAGUGUAGGACUAAGGAUCCCUCAAUUUAUGCCGCCGGACCAGCCACCAGAUAUUAUAGAAGGUACUAUGCUGAAGCAAUGCGUCAAAAAUAUUACGAUGCCUACGAAGUUGGAGCCAAGCUUGGCUCUCAAAUAAGGGAUCUGUUAGAUCCACUUUUUAAAGAAACACCUAUGGAGAUGGGAAAGAAAGGAAAAGGUUCAAUAAAAUGUGUCAGUUUUGAUUCGUCUUCAAUAAAUACGAAAGAGACUGUUGAUAUUUCGGAAUCAAUUAAUACUAAAACAUCUUAUCAAUCAAGCGAUUUGGAAGAAUUUCAAAAAAUCCCAACCUUUAAAAAGCCGCAUGUUACACAAUUCAUGCUUCCUGGUGGUCUUCAAUAUUUAGAGGUGCGAUCGCCAGGGAUGAAGGUUCCUCAUCAUUAUGUACAAUCCUUGCAGUACAAUGGUAUUGUGAUGGAAACUUUUAAAAACGGGUAUUUUAAACUUCGCAUGUCAAACGAUCUUAUUGUUGAUGGAAUUACAUGUUUGACUCCAGAAAAAAUUUCGCUCGAAAAUUUUAAAAAUCUCUAUGGUCUCUCUUCAACUGUUCUGAAUAAUGUUUAUUUGCGAUAUACUGUGAGGAUUUUUUCCAUAAAUUAUAACCUGCCGUUAUUAUUUUCUUAA